AUCGAUUACAGGGAGUGAGGGCGGAAAGUUCCAAUGUUCUACUGGCUGUCGCACGGAACUAAGUAGACUGUGACUAGAGAAAAUUAGUUGUAGAAAUAUAAAUAUGGAGCGGAUUUGAAGCGGCGCAUUUUUGAGAUGCUGUUUAACUAGAAUUGCUGAGCCGUCGUGUGGUUCGUCACUGGAAUUUAUAAGGUUUAGUGUGUGAAAAAAUGUAGUCAUCUACAUUGAAGAGGAUGAUGGUUCUCUUCGCUCGCAGUUCAGGUGGUAGUAUAGGUUCGAAACCUUGAUCUUUGAGAGCUGUAGAGCAUUGAGGUUGGAAAAUUUUAUCAACCUCGUCAUCCGAACGGGUUGUGUGGACACCAGAACUAGCGCUCUUCACUUUCCGUCGCUAGUAUGAGACGCCGGAGAUGGUGGAAGUCGGUUUUCAUUAUCGUAGUGACGGUAAUAAUCCUCUCCUGUAUAACGUUUCCUUCCUCGACUCGAACUACCACCGACAGAGAACCAUGGCCGCCAAAACCAAAACCAUUAGAAAGAAGCAGCGUUUCAGAAGAAGUGCACAAAGACACAAGCUGGUGGCAGUUUUUCCUGUGUAACUUAAAGCAACACCACAUAGCAGAAGAGGCAAGCAACGCUCAUCGAUUACAUAUACUUCAUAGAGACACUGCGCCGAGUCAUAAGAAUACAAACGUGUUUCUGAUAGACACAGCGUGUAACAGCCGACCAAAGUUUCGUGCCUGGUGCUCAAUCGAAAGCUGGGCUCAAGUCAACCCCAGUCUGCAGAUCUGGUUCGUAAUGACAUCAGCAACAAUAAGCGACUUCGAAGGUUUUCCCAGCAAACUUCUCCAAAAGUACUCUAAUUUGAACAUUGUUGGAGCAGAUGUUGAGAAGAUGGUUGAAGACACGCCACUCAAGCAGCUUUUUGAUUCCAAGAAGUGGACACAGAAUAACACGUGGCCCGUGGAGCUCCUGAGCGACAUGAUGCGGGUGCUCGUGCUGUGGCGCUGGGGGGGCAUAUACAGCGACACCGACGUGGUCAGCAUCAGGCCAUUUGACCUUCCCCUAAACUCUCUCGGAUACGAGACAGAUUUUCAGAUUGGUAGCGCUGUUUACAGUUUUGAGGCGCAGCAGUCUGUUAUGUGGCGUCUCAUGAAGGACAUGGUGAACGGUUUUAUGCCGGAGUUGUGGGGAAGUAUUGGCCCGAAGGCGAUAACGCGCGUGGUGAAGGCAAUGUGUGGCGUGGAGGACCUGCAAACACUGCUUCCCAAGACACCUGUUAUCUGUGGCGGGGUGACUUUACACCCAAGACAGACAUUCUACCCUGUCGACUACACGCAGUCCAAAAAGUUCUUCACGAAAAACAGGGGUAUUAGGUUUGAAAAAACCUUUCGACAUUCACAUGCAAUUCACUUCUGGAACAAGAUGAGCAAGGAGCUCAUGGUGACGAAAGGAGACAACAGCUUGUAUGAGGUGGCGGCAAAGAAAUACUGUCCUAUCACCUAUAGCGAGGCGACUCAGGAGGCAGACACUUUUUAACGUGUGUGACUUACUACUGCUACUACUGCUGCUGUUACUACUACUACUACUACUACUACUACUACUACUACUACUACUACUACUACUACUAAUACUAUUACUAAUAAUAAUAAUACUAUUACCACUACUACUGCUAUAGCUACUAAUACUACUACUAUUACUGCUAGGACAGUUGGACUGUCUACAUUGUUGUUAUCUCACAGUUUUGUAGAAUCGAUGAAUGUUUCACCAACACCACUACCACUACCAACAUCAAUAACAACAACGAUAGUCACUGUUAUGUUUAUAAUCAUAUACUUAACAAUGUGCGACGAACGUUGGAGGUGAGAUGUGACAAUAGAUGUGUAGCACUGCAACUAAAUAUGGUAGCCCAAACGAAUUGAGUUUGCACAGCUGGAUGUGGCAGUCAAUACACAGGGUAUUUCGGUUCCUUAAGCCCCGUUCACACAUUGGGGAAUCUGGUUAGCGAACCCGUUGCGACUCUGUUCAAAACUCGUUCGCAAUGGACUUGCCGCGCACUCGCAGGAGAGUUGCCCGGUGUUCACAGCGAAUUGCCACGCGUUCGCAACGGACUCGCAGGAGAGUCGCCAGAUCGGGCCGAGUCGCAGCGCGUUCGCCAAGCGACAUAGCAUGUUUUGGACUGUUCAAAACAUUCGCAGCAGAAUUGCCACGGCUGGGAGUUGCAGCACGUUCGUACGGGUGUCCCAGAAUUGUUGCAGCGCUGUCGCAGCGCUGUCGCCGCUGUCGCAACGGGUUCGCAGUGGUGUUGCAGCAAGUUUGCAGCACUAUUGCAGUGGAUUCGCCACUGUAGCAACCUCUCUUACAUACCCUUCACACCUUUAUGCUAAGGUCAGGUGAGUGGAUUUAUACUUCCCUGCAAAGAUGAUUGUGCAUCUCUCUCUCUCUCUCUCUCUCUCUCUCUCUCUCUCUCUCUCUCUCUCUCUCUCUCUCUGUUGUUUGGCCUCGCGCCAUGCUACAGGUCAAAGGUCAGCGCUUUGCUCCGUCCACUAACCUGUUUCGCUUCGCAGCAUUGCUAAGUGUUGAUUUACCAUUUUAGUACCCACACCCUUUACUAUCUACCUAUUAUUUCUACAUACAUUUUACACAACUUUUCACACACACACACACACACACACACACACACACACACACACAGUGAUAAACUCAUAGUAAUGAACAUAGACACUUCUUAGUGUGCCCUUACCAGUUUUCCUCUUUAUUUUCUCACUACUUGUUCUUAUUAAAUUGUUUGUUUU